UCUAUUCGCAGCCAACUUCACGUUCCAUUGGUUUGGGUGUGUAUCUUUUUGUUCAAGUCAGGCGAACUUGAACUUAUUUGUCGGAAAUAUUGACAAAAUAUUAAACAUAAAACUGGCCUAUCCGAGACAGCCGUAAUGGACGUAAUGUCAUCAUCACUGCAACAGCAGCGCAUUGUCGUUGACCAGCUGCGUCGGGAGGCGGCCAUAGAUCGGCAGUCGGUGUCUGUAUCUUGCGACAAAAUGAAGAAAUAUAUAUCGGAGCACGAGCAGGAGGAUUACCUAUUGACUGGUUUCACCAGCCAGAAGGUAAAUCCCUUCCGUGAGAAAUCCUCGUGCACUGCUCUUUAAGCCGUUUCGAAUCGGAUAAUAUAUAUUUGUUUUUCGUUAUUAAGUUCUUUAUAAACAAGCACCCAAUUAAAGAUGAUGAAUAAAAACCUGAUUAAUAACACCACCAGCUAAAAACAUUAUAUUGUGCAAAAUAUAUAUAAACACAAAUUACAAAAAGCAAUAUUAUACAAAACCAAAAAAAAACUUAAAAACAAAUAGAAAUCUGUAAAAGGACCUAAUGUGUACCAAAUCGUAAAUACUUAGAACGAAAAGACAUAACAGUAUAGAAACAGCAAUGAAAAUGUUAAAUUCUCCAAAAAAAACCUUAACUUUUGGCAUUUAUUCGGGAAAUAUCAGCAUAUAGUAAAGCAAGCAGUGUACACGAAUAUCCCAACUUAAAGGACAAUUAUUGUGCGGACUAUAGCAACAACUACCUAAACUAUGAAAUCUAUAUCUACAUAUACUAUAUCAAUCCAAUAUAUAUUUAUUAAAACAUAGUUAACACACACAAAUAAAAACAAAACAAACAACA